CAGUUUGGGCCCCGGCAGGAUGGCUCCCGCGAAGAAGGGUGGUGAGAAGAAGGGCCGUUCUGCCAUCAACGAGGUGGUGACCUGGGAGUACACCAUCAACAUCCACAAGUGCAUCCAUGGCGUGGGCUUCAAGAAGCGUGCUCCUCGGGCACUCAAAGAAAUCCGGAAAUUUGCAAUGAAGGAGAUGGGGACCCCAGACGUUCGCAUUGAUACCAGGCUCAAUAAAGCCGUCUGGGCCAAAGGAAUAAGGAAUGUUCCGUACCGUAUCCGUGUACGUUUGUCCAGAAAACGUAAUGAGGAUGAGGAUUCCCCGAACAAGCUGUAUACAUUGCUAACCUACAUGCCUGUUGCCACAUUCAAAAAUCUACAGACUGUCAACGUGGAUGAGAACUAACCUGCUGAAUGUCAAAUAAAGUUGAGAGCUGACUGCGAG